AUGCCAUCGAUACCCCUUCACCCACGAUCGGCUCGGGGUACUCAAAGUGGCGCCGCAGACCCCGCGCACAAUCCUCUACCGCAACUAUUGCAGACGCCCUCCGGACUCGCCCUGUUAGAACUCCAAGGAACCAUCAACGUGCCCACACCCGAGACCGAGAGCGAUGAUGACAUCCAUGGUAGUUUCGCACAACCUGCCACAUACGAGACGCCGAUCGGCAAGCUCAUGUUUCCCGACUACUCGGUCCACAACCCAGACGACACCCAGUGGAUGAAACGUGUGUACUUGUACAUUGGGCGAUAUCAACGGAUGACCGGAGAAGUGAAGAAACUUCCACGACCGAUCGCGGUACUACGCAAGAGAUGCGACAACGAGAUUAAGACUGCUGGAUCCGAGGAGCUGGAAGUGGUGGAAAUUGUUCGGUACAAGGUGUUUUUCAAGAAUCGCCCGGAGCCGGUGAAUGAUGUGUGA